AUGUUCGCCGACAACUGGACUUUUCAACAACAUGAAGGAAGGCCGCAUAUUCACCGAAAAACUCAAGAUUGGUGUCGAACUCAUUUAUCAUGUUUCAUUGACAAAGACCAUUGGCCUCCAAAUAGUCCUGAUCUAAAUCCCCUGGAUUAUUGUAUUUGGGAUGAAUUUGCCGGUGCUAUCAACUGGGAUCUGGUGACAUCCAAGACGGCUCUUAUCCAUGAGCUGAAACGUAGUGUGAAGAAAAUCCGUCCUGAAGUUGUUUUUGAAAGUUGUGCAUCUUGGACGAAUCGAUUGUAUCGAUUGAAACCAGCUAAUGGCAACUGUUUAAAUAAAUAA